AGGUAGCUGGCCCAGUCCCUGCCUUUCUUUCUGCUCAAGGCUGUCACCUCCCAGAGGCAGCUGCUUACCAAGAAGGAUGACCAGGGAAAGUCUCAGAGACGGACACCCUGGGGAAACAGUCUUCGAAGAGAGGAUUCACUAAAGGCAAGACUCUCAGUUCAAUUUUCAACCUCGAGAUGGUGAAAGAUAAAAGUGGAGAAGAGAUCCAGCAGAUUUGGCAGCAGUAUUUCGCAGCAAAAGAUACCAUCUACGCAGUUAUCCCUGCAGAGAAGUUUGACUUGAUCUGGAGCCGGGCCCAGAAGUGUCCAUCUUUCCUGUGUGCGCUCCCCAGGAGGGAAGGUUACGAGUUCUUCGUGGGUCAGUGGUCAGGGUCCGAGCUCCACUUCACUGCCCUUAUAAACAUCCAGACUCGAGGGGAGGCAGCAUCGAGCCAGCUUGUUCUCUACCACUUCCCCGAGCUCAAGGAGGAGAAGGGCAUCGUGCUCAUGACAGCAGAAAUGGACUCCACUUUUCUGAAAAUUCCUGAGGCUCAGUGCAUCGCCAACCAGGUGCAGCUCUUCUAUGCCACUGACCGCCAGGAGACCUAUGGCCUGGUAGAGACCUUUAACCUCCGACCCAGCGAGUUCAAAUACAUGUCUGUCAUCGCAGAACUGGAGCAGAGUGGGCUGGCAGCUGCGCUGAGACCCUCACGAGGACCGGACAAAGCCUAGAACUGAGGCCAUUGUACCGAUGGUGGUCAGUCCUGGAAAGGGCCCAAGGACCCAUCGUAUACACACACGAACUCACUCACACAUUCACGUGUACACACACACACACACACACACACACGCACAUACACACUGGACUCCUUUUGUGUGCUCCCCAGGAUGUUUCUCGUGGGGAGGGAGAUCCCAGAGUUGGUGCCCUGGUGCUGGGUCUUCAGAUCUCACAGAAUGAGGUCUUACGAGAAUUCUCUUCUGGAGGGCUUAGGCUGUUCUUGGGAAGUGAGUAGAAGCCAGUCAGCGACGCUCGACAGGACAGUUGGCUUAACAUCGUUAACAUAUUGCAGUAUCAAAAUGUGAAACUGUGGUUGCAUGCCAGUGGUGUUGACUUUACAGCCCCAAAGUGAUGGCGUUGUCAUUUAUGUGAGGUGAGGCAGAGAGGACGCUGGCCUGCCCACCGUGGCCACGUGUGUGGCUUUCCCACAUGUGGCAAACUCGAGCAGACCACGCACAGACAUCUCCCAAGGGGGCUGCCCAUGUCGUCCAGAAGUAUCCACGUGGUUUAGUUGGGACUGUGCCGGACUGGCCCGGGUGCCCCUCUUGUGACCUCCAGGGCUGGCACUUGGUGGAGACAGCAGGCAGCAUCCUCCCAGGUAGUUAUGAUACCCCCCCCCAAGAGGAAACCAGAGUGUGCUCAUUCUUCUCACCUGCCCUUUAGAAACACUCUCCAGGUGAUGCGUGCUUGGAAGGGGUGAAUCAGUACAUUCUGAACAUAUACAUAGAUAUAAAAAUGGGCGCCCAGUCCUGAAUCUCAGGGUGGUGGUCCCCAGCUUGGAGCCCCAUAGGUGUUAGCAUAUGAACAACAGGGCGUGACUCCCUGGGCGAGCAAUAAAACUGCUUCUGGCUCUCCAACCUUCUUAUCUCCGUGCAUGACGUCUGAGCUGGGGAGGGAUUGGCGCCGACUGUUAGAAUCAGAACCUUUCCUCAGUACUCAGGAGUUCAGUGAAGCUGCCAGAGCAGGAAGGGGCUUUGAAAGGUUGGAGAUGCAUCCCUGCCAAGUGUGGAGGGUGGCCAGGGUAGUGAGGGGACAGGCACCCUCAUGUGAGGAGCACGAGGAGGUGGAGACUCAGGGAGUGUGAGGAGUUAGGCCUGAGAGGUCAGGACGAGGAAUGGUGGGAAGAAGGUAUGGGGACCGGACCCUGGGAUCCUUUUUAAACUAUGUCUGAUGGCACAGAGCACAUUCUGUCUGGUUAUUUAUGUCCGUGUUUUUCAAUAGUAGCAUUUAUUUAGAGCUCUAAGAUGUGCCGAGAGAUGAGCUAUGACAACCCUUGGAAGUAGGGGCUGUUGUCCCCAUUUCACAGUUCAGAAAACUGAGGCAGAGAGGUUAAGUGACUUGCCCUGGAUCACAGCUAGUAGGUAUCUGAGGCUGGAUCUGAACUCGGGACUUCUCUGUCUUACUAGGCAGUCUGCUUCAUAACGGCUGGGGCCUGGCUAAUUUCCCCUCAGUGUGAGGAAGGGCUUCCUGAUGAUUAGAGUGAUCUGAAGCAGGGCGGGCUGCGCUUUAGGAAGUUUCCUGUUCCCGGAGGUCUUCAAGCGAAGGCUGACUGGUGAGUGCUGUUGGCAGCAGCAUCGUGGAACAUCCUGGGGCUACAUUUGGGCCUGAUUCCUCUGAGGCUCUUCCUGGGCCUGUGAGUUCAUGGCCCUGCAGCCGCUGGCUACUUCACCUGGUGGAGGGACUUGCCCCAUCCUGCGGUCAGGCCCCUCCGGGCGCCACAGGUGAGGAGGGACGCUGACAAGCUGAUGAACGUCUUUGAGGAGGACAGCCUGGCUGGCGAGGGCCUGGACCCUGGGCCAGUGGAGUUGAGUCAGCUAAAGAAGCUUGGGGGUUAGUUUGGAGAGGAAGAAAAAGGCUAGAAUCUGUUCUCUCAUGAUCCUCAGAGCAGCCCAUGAGGAAGAGGCUGUGAUCCUUAUUUUAGAGAAGAGGCCUUCCAGACCUCGGGGUCCAGUGAGCCGCCUGAGAAGACUCAGGGACGUGCUAGUGUGCUGAAUGAUACAUACCAGGGAUGCUGCGGUCAGGGGAGAGGAAGCAAUCUGAGCUAGGGAGCCAGGCAUGUGACAGGAGAUGCUGCCCCUGCCCUAAGAGUCUAGUGGGGGCUAAAGAGCGCAAACACCAGUGACUGGGUGGGACGUACUUUGUGCUGUACGAGAGUAUUUGUGAGGGGGCCAGAGCACCCUAAGCAUCUGUUACUGGCCCUGUUCUAAGAAGAGAGCUGUCCAAAAAUAAAAUGGGCUGCCUCGGGAAGGAGGAUGUGUUCAAGCAGGCUGAAUGACCAUGUCUCAGAUGUUCUAGAGCAGGAGUGAGAAACCUGCAGCAUUGAGGACACGUGUGCAGCCUCCUAGGUCCUCAGGUGCAGCCUUUUGACU